CACAUGGCCCCCAAGAUGUCCUCCAUCCUCUGGACUCUGCUGCUGCUGCUGCUGCUCAUCUGCCCAAGUCGUCAACAAGGAACCGGUCACGGUUGUGGCCCUCCAGAGAAGGUGAAGCACACCAAACCCAUACAGGGCCAAACAUUUCCUGGACACACGCGGCUCAGAUACAGGUGUGAGGACGGCUUCACCAGGAGAGUAGGGACGUCCACCUUGUUCAAGUGUGUGGAGAGGAACUGGAUCAACAAACCAAAUCUGGAAUGCAUUCCCGACCCAAAGCUGAAAACUGUUUGAGGCCCUCCACCGCAUGUGAAUCACACUGCACCCAUUGAGGUCUUCCUCGGCGUGGCUGCUCUGGCUGCAUCACCUCACAGUGCUGCUGAUUCUAACAAUGGUCACCUGCCCUCAACUCUCCUCCUCCUAUAUUGGACUCUUUUCAGUUCAUCUUGGCCCGUGAGCUUUAGGAGCCACGUUGGCCA